GUGCAGACAGUUUUGCUGAUCACAAUUCUAGCGUUUUAGUUUUGUCGCGUCGCUGGCAUUUAAAAAGUUUAAGGGGUCAUGAUACUGUAAACAUGUCCAGAACAGUGUAGAGUGCCUGUAUAUUUACAGGGGUUAAUGAGUCAGGCGCUGCCCUGGGACACCUAAGUCACGCUAUUGACAGCUAUCUCUUCCGCGUUGGCAAGAUUGCAGGUGCUGUGUGUGUUUCUACACGUCAUUCUCUCACUAGAGUGUGUAAUAAUCCCAGUCACUCACAUAAACUUCAGUUCAUAGAUGAGCACUCACUGCACAGCUAUGUCAUCACUGGACUCCGAUGACAGCUACGAUUUCGUCUUCAAAAUAGUUCUGGUCGGAGAUGUCGGUGUCGGCAAAACUUGUGUGGUUCAGCGUUUCAAGACCGGUAUAUUCAUCGAAAAACAAGGAAACACCAUCGGAGUGGAUUUUACCAUGAAGACGUUGGAAAUACAGGGGAAAAGGGUUAAGUUACAGAUUUGGGAUACAGCCGGACAGGAGCGGUUUCGCACCAUCACACAGAGUUAUUACCGCAGUGCCAAUGGUGCCAUCAUCACUUAUGACAUCACAAAGAGAGCCACUUUUCUGUCUGCACCAAAGUGGAUGGAGGAUGUAAAGAAAUACGGUGGUUCCAACAUUGUUCCUCUUUUAAUUGGUAAUAAAUCAGACUUGACCAACUUGCGUGAAGUUCCCUUUGAGGAUGCGCAGACCAUGGCUGAGCAAUUGGAUUGUGUUAAUACCAUUGAGACUUCAGCCAAGGACUCUAGUAAUGUGGAAGAGGCUUUUAACAAAAUGGCAACUGAGCUCAUCCUCAGACAUGGCGGGCCCAUGUUCAAUGAAAACGUGACGGACAGCUUUAAACUUAACAGCAAGGAUGUGACCAAUGAGGGCUGGGGAUGUGGGUGCUGAUGACAAUAAAAGCUUUGUUACUACUCAGUUAUAAAUAUAUAAAUCAGGUACUAUCAGUUUGUGCUUGUUUUAAGCAGAGAGAUGCUGCAUUGUAAGGAUGCACUGGAGUGAUUCAGAGUAUGCACAAGACAAGGAACCAGUUUAUGAUGGACCCACAGAACAGCACCAUCUGAAUUUCUUAUCCCCGUUAACUGUGAUUAAUUCCGAUUACCAAGGGCAAAAUUCUCAUGGUGUCACAUAGCUUGUUGCACAUUUUUUCCAUGUGUUUUUUUUUAAAUCAUAACCACUCUAAAAAAAAAAUAUAGAAAAUAAUAUUAAUAUAUUCUCUUGUUUAUUUUAAACUUAUAAGGACAUGUUAAGGUUUCAGUGUGCUGAAACAUCAGUGAUAAAGUAAUUUUGUACUGUAGUGAUUGCCCAUGGACCUUAGUCAGGGUAGACUAUUUUAAUUUGACAAAUUAAAACAAUGCUUUGAGGGAUAUAUUUACAGUCUGUUCAGAUACACUGGCGGCCAAAAGUCUUUUGAAUAAUGUACAGAUUUUGCUGUUUCGGAAGGAAAUUGGUACUUUAAUUCACCAAAGUGGCAUCAAACUGAUCACAAAGUAUAGUCAGGUCAUUACUGAUGUAACAACACCAUCACUAUUUGAAAAAUGUAAUUUUUGAUAAAAUCUAGACAGGCCCCAUUUCCAGCAGCCAUCACUCCAACACCUUAUCCUUGAGUAAUCAUGUUAAAUUGCUAAUUUGGCACUAGAAAAUCACUUGCCAUUAUAUCAAACAUAACUGAAAGCUAUUUGGUUCGUUAAAAGAAGCUUAACAUUGGCUUUGUGUUUGCUUUUGAGUUACCACAGUAUGCAAUGGACUGGCAUGUCUUAAGGUCAAUAUUAGGUCAAAAUGGCAAAAAAAGAAACAGCUUUCUCUAGAAACUCAUCAGUCAAUCAUUGUUUUGAGGAAAGAUGGCUAUACAAUGCUUGAAAUUGCCAAAAAAAAAUGAAGAUUUCAUACAAAGGUGUACACUACAGUCUUCAAAGACAAAGGACAACUGGCUCUAACAAGGAGAGAAAGAGAUGUGGAAGGCCAGAGGUACAACUUAAUAAGAGGUACAUCAGAGUCUCUAGUUUAGGAAAUGGAUGCCUCACAUGCCCUCAGCUGACAGCUUCAUUGAAUUCUACCUGCUCAACACCAGUUUCAUGUACAACAGUAAAGAGAAGACUCGGGUGCAGGCCUUAUGGGAAGAAUUGCAAAGAAAAAGCCACCUUUGAAACAGAAAAACAAAAGAGUGGGCAAAGAAACACAGACACUGGACAACAGAUAAUUGGAAAAGAGUGUUAUGGAUCUUAACCCCAUUGAGCUUUUGUGGGAUCAACUAGACUGUAAGGUGCAUGAGAAGUGCCCGACAAGACAGCCACAUCUAUGGCAAGUUCUACAGGAAGCAUGGGGUGAAAUGUCACCUGAGUAUUUGGACAAACUGACAGCUAGAAUGCCAAGGAUCUGCAAAGAUGUCAUUUGCUGCACGUGGAGGAUUUUCUGAUGAGAACUCUUUGAAGUAGUUUAAGAAGUUCUGAAAUUAUUUUCAAAUUGUAAUAAUAAUUUUUCACAUUAUUAAUGUGCUGACUAUACAUUGUGAUCAGCUGAAUGCCACUUUGGUGAAUAAAAGUAUCAAUUUCUUUCCAUAAGACCAAAAUCUGUAUAUUAUUCCAAACUUUUGGCCGCCAGUGUAGUUCUCCCAAAAAAUUAAUGUGGACGUUUUUUAGUCGCCCUCAUGUUGCCCCAAACUUGUGUGAAUUUUUUUUUUUCUUUUUUUCGAGGAACUCAAAAGGAGUUAUUAGGAAGAAUGUUAGCCACAGUCACCAUUCACUUUCAUUGCACCUUUUCUCCAUAUUGUACAUUGAAAGUGAAUGGUAAAGCUGUCAGUCCCUAACAUUCUGCCCAUCGACAAAUAUUUUCAUUUUCAUUUUGGGUGAACUAACAUUGUAAGGUCACAGGUCACAUCAAAUCAUUGUAAACCAUGUUUCCAAGAGUUUUUUUUGUCUACUAAAAAUGUUUUAUAAAGACAUAUUUACAAUGUUCGCCAACUGAACGUUCUACACCAAGGUAUUCAGUACAAUCUAUCCCUCACAGUCUCUUGUUCAUUUACGUCAUCAAAUUAAAUAUGAUGACUUCCCUGACGAAGAUCCAUUGAUUCUUAUUUAUUUUGCUAAUGGUUUCUUAACUGUUGCAAGACCUUGGAAUAGUAACUCACUAAGUUUAGUUCAUUGAGUACCAUCUAUAUUUCCAAAUUUUAGAGCCACUCAAGAUUUCAAGAAGUGUUUCAAGCACUGAUUCUGUGAAAUGAUUGGAGUAGACAUUUGCACAAGAGCACAGUUUGAGAAUAAACGAUAAGACUAAUCACUGAAUUGGUCUUUGCAUCAGUUAUUUGAUUAAGCAUUGUGUCAUGUAUACUUGGACAGAUAUAAGAACACUGUAGCUCAACUAAUCAAAACCCGCUCUAGCUCGAUUAGAACUGUGCAUGACUGAAAAUCUUGUUUGACCGUUGUGGUUACCAUUCACUUUCAUAGAAUAGAGCAGCUUGGACAUUCUACGAUAAACCACUCCAUAACUUAUUUUGUGUCCCCCUGAAAAAGAAAUUCAUAUGGUUUGGGACCAUUUUGUACAGAAGGUAAGAAAAUGAUGACAUAUUUUAAUUUCAGAGUGCACUAAACAUGGUAUCAUCAGCCAUGACCCAAUUUCAACAAUGUUUUAAUCAAAUGUUUGCAUUUUAAGAUGGGCUUGUGUUGGGCUGUUUUCUGUACAUGGAUGGACAUCUGCCAUUCUCUUGGGAAAAUUGGUUUGCAAACUAGGUUUACUCUACCCUCCUAACAGUUGCCAUUGUUGGUUAACUUAUUUGAUUUGAAUAAUGUACCAAUGACUUACGUAUGUAAAAACAAUGUUAUAAACAUGACAUAAUACCAGAAGAGCCCAUUUAAAAAAAUGCUUGACUUUUCUUGCAACCUUUUUGAACUGACUCUUUAUUAUAGAUGUCAAAUUGGCAUUGUUAUUUUAUAGUCAUUCUGCAUUCAUUUGAACAUGCCACAAAGCCUUGUUAAAUUAAAAUAGUUUAUUAUACCAGCUUUUUUAAAGCAAUAAUUCGUUUUACUGUUUAAUCUAAUGUUUUUAUGAUAAUACCACAAUUAUUAUUUGCAACAAGGUUACACAGAAUAAUUAUAAAAUAGUGUCAGUAGCUGUUUCAUCUCAAACGAGCAGUAACUAGAGCCAUUUUAAAUGCAAUAUCUUAUGUUCUAUUUAGAUUUGCAAUAUCUUCUUAUGGUUAACAGCUCAAUUUGGAACUUUUUAUAUAUAUCGCUGAUUGAUGUUUUGGUGUUUUAUAAUAAAUCAAUGUGUACUGUAUAUUCAGUAUACAAUAUGGUGGUUAAAUUUUAAGAAUGUAAAGAGUUUAAUUGUACAUCUUCUUUCGUUGUUUUGAAGAAAAAAAUUACUCUGCUUUAUACAGAAUUUUUGCUUAAGCAUAUGAGUAAAAGAAGACAGUAUUUGAAAUACAGUAAUGCCAAAUGUACUUUACAACGGUAAAUUAAAUUGGAAGAGGAUUCCUAAGAGUAUAUAUAGUGCCUUUAAAACUUUUUGGUAUUGGUGGCAAUAUAACAUUGUAGUUUUUUUUUUAAUGUCUUCAUGAUUUACUACUAUGCAUUUUAUGUCGUUUUGUCAAUCAGUUAAAAAGCUUUGCUUGAAAGACGUAAUCCAUUUGUAUUUGGUGUUAAAUUGAUAUUUUAUUAUUUUAUCAAUAAAAUUGUCACAGCAUAAAUUAUGUGUAAGAGAAAGUCUUAUUCUUCCUUUUUAUGAAGAAUCCAUCUAAAUGUUCUUUAACAAGAAAUAUAAUCUUCCAUAUCCAUAAUUUAUCUUGUUUUGUUUUGUUUCAAGGGACAAAAAGGAUAUUAUGUCCAUCCUUUAUUAAUUUAGUAUACUACUUUUGCACAUUUGCUUAAUUACAGUAUAUCAGAGCUGCUAGACUUUAAUAAACCUGCUUUAUCUUCAAAGAAUAUCCAUAAGGUUGUUGUUUUUUUCCAGUACAAAUAUGUACUGUACUGAAUAAAACUUAAAAAUAAAACCAUAAUAUCAAUGUAACAAAAAACAAAUAAAACAUAAAUAGACUUAGAAAAAGUGGAGGAGGAUGUAACAAUUACUUAUGUAAUGGUGAUAAAACAAUACUCUGAACACUUCUGAACAUUUGUCUUAUGGCACAAUGCAAAUUACAUGGCUGAUGCAGUACUACAUUCUUAUUAUUUGUCGCACAACUGGGAAUACUAAAAAAGCUUAGACUUAAAGUAAAGUACUGUAAUUUGACAUAGGCUUUAACAAUGUCAAACUAUUGUGAAAAUAAUAGUAUUAAUAAUGGUCUAUGAAAUUAUACAGCACUGUUUAUUAAAGAAAAUCCUCAGGCAGACUGAUAGCCCUGAAUAUCUAGAUUCAGACCCAACCACUUACAACCCCCAUAAAGUGUACUUCAGGUAUACUAUAUGUCUAUCUAAUCACACUAGAGAGUAGGAUAUCCAAAUCAGAAACAAAUCUGUUCAGUCUGCUUAGGGGCAUACUAAGAUAAUGAAUUUAAUAGCUUAUGAAAAAAUACUGCUGACACAAACAUUUCAUAGAGUUCAAAUGAAAUCAUGGUAAUUAAGCUAAAAUGUCACAAUAUCUUUAAAGAUUGCUCCUGGUUUGUCAGUUAUGGGUUGUGCUUAUUUGUUGAGGUUUUCUCCAAAAACGACAUACUAAAAUGAAAAUACUGUGUAAUAUAGACAGUAGACAGUAUAGCAUAGUACUAAACAUUGCAACACAAUAAGUAAUAUCAGUAUGUUAGAAUAAUUCACCUUAGAAUACAAAUUCAGUCAUUAUUUACUGUCAACUUUCAGCAAAAGCAACUUAUGACAGCUUUGUGUGAGAAAUUUAAAGUGAUACUCAGGUUUCAGUACAAGGUAAGCUCAAUCGACAGCAUUUGUGGCAUAAUGUUGAUUACCACAAAAAUGAAUUUCGACUCGCCCCUCCUUUUCUUUAAAAAAGCUGGGUGGGUGCUGGGUAGCUCAGCGAGUAAAGAUGCUGACUACCACCCCUGGAGUCGUGAGUUUGAAUCCAGGGCGUGCUGAGUGACUCCAGCCAGGUCUCCUAAGCAACCAAAUUGGCCCAGUUGCUAGGGAGGGUAGAGUCACAUGGGAUAACCUCCUCAUGGUCGCUAUAAUGUGGUUCUCCCUCUCGGUGGGGUGUGUGGGGAGUUGUGCGUGGACGCCGCGGAGAACAGCGUGAAGCCUCCACAUGCGCUAUGUCUCCGCAGUAACGCGCUCAACAAGCCACGUGAUAAGAUGCGUGGAUUGACGGUCUCAGACGCAGAGGCAACUGAGAUGUGUCCUCCACCACUCGAAUUGAGGCAAGUCACUAUGCCACCAUGAGAGAAAAGGGGAGAAAAAAAAUAAAAAAUAGAGGCAAAAAUCGAGGUUACAGUGAGGCACUUAUAAUGUAAGUGUAUGGGGCCAAUUUUUUUAGGGUAUAAAGGCAGAAAUGUGAAGCUUAUAAUUUUUUGAAAACUUACAGUACAUUAAUUCUUCUGCUAAAACUAGCAUAUUAUUUGAGCUGUAAAGUUGUUUAAAUCAUAAUCUUUCCAGUCAGUUUUGCUGACAGUACAUAGUCAUGGCAACAAACUUAUAAAAUUGGCUAUAACUUUACACAGAAAAGGUUAGUAAGUGAUUUUAUCACACUAAAAUCAUGUUAACACAUAUUGUUUACGUCUUGUGGCUGUACAAGUGAGCUGUUUAGAAAGAGUGAGUAUUUUAAUGUUUACGGAUUGGCACCAUUCACUUCCAUUGUAAGUGCCUCACUGUAACCUCGAUUUUUGCUUUUUUUAAAGAAAAGGAGGGGCAAGUCAAAAUUUAUUUUUGUGGUAAUCAAUAUUAUGCCACAAAUGCUGUCGACUGAGCUUAACUUGUAUUGAACCCGCAAUAUUCCUUUAAGCUGUUAGUCAAUGAUAAUCUUCGUAUCUAGAUAGCUGUUAACUGCUAUGAAUACAUAAUUGAGAUCAUUGAGAUCUGUAUGGUUUUGUGAACAAUUUCAAUCAAUCAAUUCAUUUGAAAGAUCUGACUCAGAAGAAUAAUUUGUUCAUCAAACAAGUUAUUUCUUUCAUGAUCAUCAAGGAGAUCUAAGCCAGAUAUCCAGAUCGUUUGUUCUACCCAUUAAACUAUCGUAUGGCUUCAGAAGACUUAAAUAAUGCAUGAGUCAUAUGGACUACUUUUAAGAUACUUAAAUAAUAAUUUUAUGGUGCUUUUGCGUUCUUUUUGAAGCUCGAAAGCUCCAAACCCCAUUCUUAAAUUGCAUGGAAAGAAACGAACAGUGCACUCUUCAAAAUGUCUCCUUUUGUGUUUCAUAGAAGAUGAACAGUUAUGGGUUUAGAAUGACAUGGGGCUAAGUAAAUGAUUCUUGGGUGAACUAUUCCU